AUGCCUCUAGACGACGACCUAGAAGAUAACCCCUCCCUCGUCCCUCCUCCCUCCACCACCACCACCAACAACGCGACCGGAGAUGCUGCCACCAUGAUGGACGAAGUCGAAGAAGCCGAAGACGCGCCCACUGCCGACUUCCGCCUUUUUGCCUCCACCUACUCCAAGACCAAAAACAUUAGCGCGCAAACCAUCCGCAAGGGCGAAAAGGACUUUGAGUCGCACGGCACGCGCGCGCAAGCAUCCGCGCUCGACGCCAGUCGCGACGCUAUGCGCGAUGUUCUGAGUUAUACCCGCGUGCAUAAUACCAAGUCGGCCUCGGGGUGGUGCAGGGGCUGGUAUUUUCCUGACUGGUGGAAGGACUGGCCGGAGGAUUGGGAGCAGCAGAAGUCAAAGAGGGGAAAAGAGGGAGGGGGGAGGAGGAUGAGGAGGAAAAGGACAGGAAACUACCACCGCUGCAUCCAGAGUCUCGGCAGGGCGGUCACGGGCUUGCCCAAGGAUAGGCCGGCGAGGGGAAGGGAGUGGUUGUUACCUGAGGAGGCGCUGUAUCUGGUGGAGAGAGGGAGUUUGGAUCUGUGGUGGCCCACGAGAGGGAUCGAGGAGGUUUUUCCUGCUGAUGGAUCGGUGCCGACUGCGGCUGCUACUACUUCUGCCAAGGGAGAAGGAGAACAAACCGAGGAGGACGAGGAGGAGGACGAGGAUGACGAGUACAAAUACGGCUUGCCAUUGUCCCUCCAAGCAGCCUACGCUCUGCUCAUCGGCGAAGACGGAGAAAGAGGCAAAGUUAGCUUGCAAAAAUUCCAAGUCUUCAGCCACCUGAAGCGAGCAGGCUACAACGUCAUCCGGGCACCGACCAACCCUCUUCCUGUCCAGGACGACACUCAACUUACGACAACAACACAACCAGCAUCCAAGCCCAAAUCUGUCACAGAAUGGCUCAUCUCCUGCCUACCCCAAUCGAAAUCUUCCCCCACCGAUCCCCCGCCUUACGGCCCUCUCGUCCCGCCGGGCUUCUACCGCUCUUACAACACCAUCUACAACUACCUCUCUCUCCGCCCCUCGAGCACGAGCAGUAGCGCCUCUUCCACCGCCGACAACCAGCCUCAGAAGCCCCAAUCUCCAGAGUCUGAUGGUUACGAUUCCGACUCGAACUCACCCUACAAAAUCCACUACCACAUCUUCAAAGCCUCCACGAAAUUCACUCGCACCCGCCCCCCGCCCCCGGACUUUUACAUCAGCGUCAUCUCCGCAAAGGACACAUCCAUCCCCACCCUCUCCGAGAUCUCUAGUCUGCUCGCCUCCGCGCCUGCCGAUCUCCCUAAGGCGGAAUGGCUUGCGGGAGGCCCGGCAAGGCUUUAUGCUCGCUUGAAACAUGGGUACAGAAAUGUUUUACUUGCGGUGAAUGAUCAUGGGGUGAUCAACUAUAUGAGGUUUGCGCAGGGCGGGUUUGCGAAAGAGGAGUUGUUUAGGAAUUAUGACAUGAGGGUGAGUGGAGGACCGAGAAGGGGCGGUGGUGGUGGUGGAGGAGGAGGAGGGAAGAAAUCGGGGAACAAUAAUGAGGAUGAUCGUGGUGGAUUGAUUGAGGUUGAGUUCGAGUUACUCGCCUCGAGGUUGUUGCAAAGUGCUGUAUCAUAG